AUGUGGGCAUCUCGUUAUAAACAGUAUUCGGUUGUUCAACAACAAGAAAAUGGUCAUCAUGAAACCGAUACUAAUUUAGCGUUUACAAUUCCUCGUGAAUUUAUUACUUCUCAAGAUUUAACAUCUGGUUCUUUAUUUCAUGGUGGUAUUGAUAGUCCAUCAAUAAAUGCAAUUGAUCCAUUAUUAAAACAACCCGUACAUAUAACUAAAUAUCUUUGUUUAAAAUCAAAAACAAGUACACAACAAUAUAUAAAUCAUUUAUAUGAACGAAUACUUUUAACAAGUCAUUUAUCACAUCCAAAUGUUCGUCGAAUAUUAUCUUGGUAUAUUGCUGAUGCUUGUCUUUAUUCUAUAACUGGUCUUAUUCAAGGUACAUUACGUCAUGCAAUUCAAUCACAAACAUUCUCUCUUGAACGUAUAUCUCGUUUAUCAUUACAAAUAAUUAAUGGUACUAUUUAUUUACAAUCAAAAGGUUUAUGUCCAUUAACACCUUGGUAUACAACAAAUAUUGAAUUAACACAUGAUGAUCGUAUUCGAUUAUGUUCACCAACAAUAUCAACAACAAAAUUAAAUGGUGGAAUUGUUCAACAUCAUCAUUUAUGGAGACAUGCACCAGAAAGUUUAAUUCGUAUGAUUAUUGAAAAUGAAUCUCUUGUUAACAAUGGAUCAUUUGAUAAUUCGAAAGAAGAUGUUUGGUCUAUUGGUUGUAUUAUAGUUGAAAUGAUGAUUAAUACAAUAUUAUUUCGACCACAAAAUGAUGAUCCAUCAUUACAAUUACUUUGUAUAGUGCAAUUUGUUGGUGGUUUAACAUUAUCAUUAAUUGAUCAUUUUCCAUCACAUAUAAAACAAUUAUUUUCAAAUAUAAAAUGUGAUAGUCAUCAACAACGUUUAAAUCGUUUAUUAAAACAAAUAUUUAAUCGAUAUGCAAUACAUUCAAAUGAAUAUAAUAAAAGAGAUAAUUUAUAUGAUUUAUUAAAACAUAUGUUUCAAUUUCAACCAGAUAAACGUAUUGAUCUUCAAUCAUUAAUUGAACAUUCAUUUUUUUCAAUGAAUUCAAAUAAAUGUUGUUUAAAUAAAACUCGAUUAAAUUUAAUUAAAAUCAAAACAUCAUCAAUAAGAAUUGAUGAUCUUAUACAUUUAUGUACAAAACUUAAUUUAGAACGAUCAAGAUGGAUUUUAACACUUAAAGAACGUUGUUUAUUAGAAUUGAUUCUACAUAUUGAUAAUUUCAGUCAAUUAAAUUUAUAUAAAUACGGUUUAAAUCAAUCAUUACAAAAUGAACUUAGAAAACUUAUUUAUUUUUUAACGGGUAAUCAAUAA